AAUUUAAUUCGUCCAUCCCUCGAAUAAGUCUCCUUUGGUGGGUAAGUGAGUCAUUUUAGAGGGAUUAGAAGGACUAGAGGGCAUACUUUCAUAAGCCUGCCUCGUCCACGAGUGUAUAACUUGAGGAUGGUGGAGAUGAAAUUUUCAAAGAUGUUAAGUUCUCCAAGUAGAUGUCUAAGGGGCCAGAAUUUCAUUCGUGCUUAUGGGUUUGGCAAAUUUGAGCUCGUGCCACCUUACUUGGAUGUUUCACAGCUGUUGCUAGUACGGAUUAGGAAAGUGUCUGCUGUGUCUCCGUUGUUGGAGUCUUUUAGAGAAACAUCAUAUUAUAGGGAGUCACUAGAGAGAUGUAAAACCCCGCCAUUAAAGAAAAACUAUGGAGAAAAACCUAUAAUAGAUCGCAACAUUGGCUCAGGUGAGAAGGCGCAAGCACCAAUUCACGAAAUCUCCCAACGAGAACGUGAUCUCAGAAAGACUUCUGUCCAUAUUUACCACUUAAAUAAAAUUAGCUAAACGUCAUCGUCCCAUAUGAUAUGUUUUCCUGAGGGCCCGUGACCAUGGCUAAUUGGACAAGGCGGCAAA